AUGUCAACCCAAUUGAACCAUGUCUUGAGAGUUUCAAUUUUAAAGCACAAGACAACCCAAUCAGAGACUCAUUUGAGAGCCCCAAGAUUUAAAGUGAUCAAUGCAACGUCCUCACCAAGAAGUGCAAGGCAGCUUAUAGAGUCCGACACAGUGAGGCCCAUAAGGCCCAACGAUGCUUCCGCAGUUAUGGACUCUGAGGGCUUUGUUCUCCUUGAUGUUAGGCCAAGUUGGGAGAGGGAUAAGGCACGUGUGAGGGGGUCCCUGCACGUGCCGAUCUUUGUGGAGGACGAGGAUAACACUCCUGUGACUCUGCUUAAGAAGUGGGUGCAUUUUGGGUACAUUGGCUUGUGGACUGGCCAGUACCUCACUACUGUGAAUUCUGAGUUUCUUAGUCAGGUGGAAAAUGCAAUUCCUGGUAAGGAUGCCAAGGUUCUUGUGGCGUGUGGAGAAGGGCUAAGGUCCAUGACAGCAGCUUCAAAACUGUAUAAUGGAGGUUACAAAAAUCUGGGAUGGUUGGCUGGAGGCUUUAAUCGUUCAAAGGACAAUGAUUUUCCAGCAGUAGAAGGAAAAGAGAAGCUGCAACAUGCUACAGUUGGAGGAGUGUCUUACUUGUUCCUUCAGUUGCUCAUUUUUCUGCAGGCUGUGGAUUAA